UCCGACCAGGCCAGCGGCUGGGACCGUCGGAGUCUGGCUGCGUCUGGGCGAGCGGCGGAGCGCUGGGUCGGGGUCAGGCAUGGCGUCCCCGUCGCGGAGGCUGCAGACUAAGCCGGUCAUCACCUGCCUCAAGAGCGUCCUCCUCAUCUACACCUUCAUCUUCUGGUUCUCUGGCAUCAUCCUCCUGGCCGUGGGGAUCUGGGGAAAGGUGAGCCUGGAGGUUUACUUCUUCCUGCUGAAUGAGAAGGCCAGCAACGUUCCUUAUGUCCUGAUUGGGGCAGGGAUGGUCGUCACUCUGUUAGGCACCUUUGGCUGUUUUGCGACCUGCCGGGGAAGCACAUGGAUGCUGAAAUUGUAUGCCAUGUUCUUAGUCCUCAUCUUCCUUGUUGUGCUGGUGGCUGCUGUUCUCGGUUUUGUCUUCAGACACGAGAUAAAGGAUAGUUUUAAGAAAAACUAUGAAAAUGCUCUGAAGCAUUACAAUGGGACCAAAGAUGAAUGUAGCAAAGCAGUUGAUACCAUCCAGAGAACAUUGCACUGCUGUGGUGUAGAGAAUUUCACUGACUGGAGAAUGAGUGACCACUUCAAACAAAAAGGGAUUCCCACCAGUUGCUGCAAAUCUUUGGAGAACUGUACAGAAGAGGACUUGAAGGAUCUCGUCAAAGCGAGAGGCAAGGUUUAUGAACAUGGUUGUUUUAGCCUGGUGAUACAAACGAUGGACUCUGAAAUGGGCAUUGUGGCUGGGAUCUCCUUUGGCACUGCUUGUUUCCAGUUGAUUGGCAUUUUCCUGGCCUGCUGCCUCUCCCGAUCCAUCACAAAUAACCAGUAUGAGAUGGUGUAGCUCGGCAAGCCAGGAGUUUGCCUCACACUCCAAGGUAGAGACACCUUUGCAGUAGACAAAUCCUGUAUCUUGCGUGGCCGUAUGUUGAAAGGAGGGUCCCCUUUUUGAAAUCAAGGAAAUGGCCAAAGUGUAGCUCCAAUUAAAUUGAUGGAAUGGUUUGGCAACCAGAGCGCUUGUCAGUUUCCAAAACCUUGCCAAUUGCAGUUUGGUUUGGAGCCCAAUUUGUCCUUUGAAAUGAGGAGCCCUAUACAGAGUCAAGCCACUUGCCCAGUUUAUCCCUGGUGAGUCGAUGUUGGCUUGGGCUGGUCUCUGUACCGGGAAAGAUUGAAUAUAGUAUAAAUUGUAUACACUGUGUAGAAUAAUUGGAUUGUGCAAUUGUGGAGGUGGAGGGGACCACGAAGAUCAUCAGCGUCUGCAAUGUGCAGGAAAACCAGUGAAACCAAUUAUGAAAAGUGGCUGUUCAGCUUCUUCUUAAAAACCUUCAGAGGUGGAGAACCCACAGCCUUCAUAGGUAGUCUGUUCCACUGUUGCACAGAUCUUACAGUUAGGAAGUUUUUCCUUAUACGUAAAAGAAAUCUAAGUAGCUGCAACCUGUAGCUGUUAUUUCUAGCUUGUAUGGCCAUGGAAAAUGGUUCCUCACCAUCUUUUCUCUGGCACCCUAUUUUGUACCUGAACCCUGAUAUCACGUCUCCCCACAGUCUUCUUUUUCCAGACCAAACUUCCCAAGCAACUUCAGCCUGUUCCCAUAGGUUAUGUCCUUAAGACCCUGUACCAUCAUGUUGCCCUCCUUCGAACCUGUUCAAAGCUUCAAUAUCUUCCAGAAAUGUGGUACCCCAAAUUGUAUCCAUUAUCUAAUGUUCUCUGAGAUCAGCUGUGUGGUUGUAAUUCUCUAUUUGCUGGGAAGCUGAUGUCUACUCACCAUAAAGCCCUCAUUCCAACCAAUGGUAGA